AUGAACCUGCCGGGGUUUCGAUUCCAUCCCACAGAGGAGGAGCUCCUCGACUACUAUCUGAAGGGAGCCAUCCAGGGAAAGAAGCUCGGCAAGGAGGUCAUCGCUACCGGCAACAUCUACCGCCACGACCCGUGGGAGCUCCCCAGUGCGUAACAGAUUGCACUCUCGUUGUCUUCGCUCCUUAAGGUUUAAUAGCCGUGAAAAUCCCGAUACAAAUGCUUUUCCAGUUUUGUAAAAUGCAGUGCUAGCGAGGAACGGAGGGAGAGAGUGGUACUUCUUCGUACCAAGGGAUAAGAGGAACUCUAGCGGCGGGAGGCCAAACCGUACAACGGCACGAGGUUUCUGGAAGGCAACCGGCACGGACCGUGCCAUCCGGAGUUUAUCGGACCAAAAACGGCUGCUUGGCCUGAGGAAGACGCUGGUCUUCUACCAGGGGAGGGCGCCCCGAGGCCGCAAGACCGACUGGAUCAUGAACGAGUACCGGCUCGUCGAUGCCACUGGCUGUCCACCACCAGCAAAGGUGUGAUCUUCCUACAUUUUGAUCACCAUCAUGAACGGAAAAACUGCCGUAAAAAAUCAUGCUGUCUCCUUUCAGUCGGUUCACAAGUGUAUUCGAAAAUUUAAUGUUUGUUAUGGGGGUAUGAUAAAGGCAGCGGUAACAUUGAAAGAUUUCUGCUCAAAUCCGAUCUAAUUUGAAAUGAUAUGGGAAUUUAAGGCAAAAUAAUUGAAGACUAGAAUAAUGACCCUUAUUUUGAGCACUUUUUUUUUCCUGCAGUAACGUGGCUAUUAUCAUCUUCGAUUCGCUAAAUGUUUCUGGCUUCAGAAACAACGAACUGCCGCACAAUUUGGGUAUUGAUGCAUUGGUUAGUCUGUGACGUAAACAUGUUACCGCAGGAGGACGUAGUUCUGUGUAAGAUCUACCGCAAGGCCAAGACCAUAAAGGAGCUGAAGAGUCAGGUAGAUGCCAUGGAGGAGGAAGUUGGCCGCGCGUUGGGCUCCUUACGCCCCGCUGACGCCUCCUCCUCGUCGGCCCCCGCUGCCUCCUUAGGCCGAGGCAUCUCCCCAGAGAACCCGCCCACAAUCCCCCUGACGGAGGGAGAGAAAGAGGCCGAGGUCACGUCCGUCCCACUUCCCUCCGAACCUGCUGGGAUCGCGAAUCAGGGGUUCCUCCUGGAGCUAGAAACACCUGAGGUGCCUUCCCCGAAACUGGAGCUGGAAACGCCUGAGGUGCCUUCCCCGAAACUGGAGGUGGAAACGCUUGAGGUGCCUUCCCCGAAUUCGGAGCUCGACUGGAUGGGGAAUUACUUCUUCGAUCAGCUUCUCAUUCCUUGUGUGGACUACUGGUCUUUCUACCUCUCGAACGCCCACAAUUUCGGGGACGAUGGGGUUCUCUCUGCCCAACCCCCUAAAGAUGAUGUUGUCCCCGAUCUGAGGACACUUUUCGAGCCAAACCAGAACGGGGAAGACUUUGUAAAUUUGUGA